ACAAAUGACAUUGAUAUUAUAAGAAAACACCUUAUAUUUUUUAAUUUCAAUAAAUAUUCUCUGGUGACUAUUCUAGAACUUAACAGAAUUCUUGGUCUUCAUAUGCCUCUUCGCUAUUGUCUGUGCUUGAAUAUCGACCGGGUACAAAACCGGGAACAUAAACACUUUGCUCGAAAUUGCAAUACUAACCUACAUAAUUUGGUUGUGCAUCAGAAAGCCGAACAAAUCUCAAGAUGAGUUACAUGCUGGGACAUUUGCAUAAUGGGUGGCAAGUGGACCAAGCCAUCUUGUCUGAAGAAGACCGUGUUGUGGUAAUCCGCUUUGGCCAUGACUGGGACCCCACAUGUAUGAAGAUGGAUGAAGUAUUGUACAGCAUUGCAGAAAAAGUUAAGAACUUUGCAGUGAUAUACCUUGUGGACAUAACUGAAGUACCAGACUUCAACAAAAUGUAUGAACUAUAUGAUCCCUGCACAGUGAUGUUUUUCUUCCGCAACAAACACAUCAUGAUCGACCUGGGCACUGGCAACAACAACAAGAUCAACUGGCCUUUGGAGGACAAACAGGAGAUGAUCGAUAUAAUCGAGACGGUGUAUCGCGGCGCGCGCAAAGGCCGCGGUCUCGUCGUCUCGCCCAAAGACUACUCUACCAAGUACAGAUACUGAACAUGUCUCUCACAACUACAUCUCAAUGCAACUCUGUGUGACCGGGGACAAGCAUACACUACUGGGCUGAACUGCGGCCUGCUACAAUGCUCAGGGCAAAUGGUGCAUUCUGAUUUAUUUGAUUCAGUGUACAAAUGUGAGUAAAGAAACAAACACGACAGUGAAAACUUAAAUUAAGAACUUUUGGCGAUCUAAGUGCCAUAAUAAUAAUAAAAAUAUCCUAAUUAAAUGUUUGUGUUAUUUUCUAUGAA